AUGUCCGGACUUCUAUCCGACUCCACAAAUUCCAUUCUGGAUCCAGAACAGUCUUUUACAAGGCAGCAGGAUCUUUAUGGAUCCAUACGGCCAUCUCCAAUGAAAUCUGAAAAAUCUGCAAUUGAGUUGCCAAAGUUAGACGGUAAGCUGGUCUUGCCAAAGCAACGGAAAAGGUCUAACUCAAUGGAUGCCAGAUCUGAAACUCCCAGCAACAAGUCAAGAGACUUGAAAGCGAGACAACUUCAAAGACCUUCAACUUGUGGAAAAGAGAACUUGAGAAACUUUUCUACACCUUUGCCAUUGAAGGUCGGCUCUUUACACGAUACCCCCUUCCCUACUCUUACCCCUGAUACCCCUCAAUAUGUUGAUUUAGUUGCCAACAUCAACAAAGAUGACAAUGAGAAAAACAACGCUUCCCUAAAUUCACUACAGCAAACUCCCCCUAUAAGUAAUUCGAAGGUGACAUCACCGAUAUCUGUGCGAUGCUUUUCCACGCCCCUGGCGGAUAUAAGAUCAGGCUCGGCAGUAAAGACUGCUGUUCAGAUCAAGCUUCACCAGCUUUCUUCAGACAAGUAUCUUGAAGAGCAAGAACGUCAACUACAGCGUGAGAUACUAAAAUAUCAAUCGGAGAUCAAUUUGAUGAAAAAGUUGAAAAAGUAUAGGGAAACAAACGAUACCGAGAAACUUGAUCGAUUAAUCGACAAAUGGAGAGAUAUUGCUGCCAAAGGCUCAAAUUAUCUUUAUAAUGAAGCUAGAUUGAAAAUAAGUAGGAUGGGUGGUCUGGAUGAAUUCAGAAAAAAGCAAAAGAAAACCAAGCUACGGAAAAUGAAGUUUGAGUAUGACGAGAGUUUGCUUUAUAGGAUUGAAGAAUACAUGGAAAGUGAGGAGUAUAAGAAUCUAGACAAUUAUGAAAAGGAAGAGGUCAUUUCUCGGAAGAGAGAAAUUGAAGAAAUGAGUGAAAAAAUAGAAAAUGGAGACUUUCUCUCCGACAAUGAUGAUGAUGAGGAAGAUGAGUUAACCAUGAAAGAACUAUACAAGCAGCUGGGGUUGGAUUACGAUUUGGUGUAUGAGUCCUGA